AUGCAUAAGAAUUUGCUCCAGCUACGUAGGUGCGAAACGCGUGCUCAGCCGGGUCCCGCGAAAACGGAUGACGCCUCGCCUGCACCCAGGCGCGGCCCCGGACGUCCUUCCCGGAGGCGCCAGAUCAAAAAAGAGCCAGUUGAUGAAGAGGAGGACGACGAAGAGGCCAUGGAUGUUCCUCCUACUCCGACGUCGCCUGCAAGGGAAGAAAGAAAGACGUCUUCGAGAAGAGUCAAGAAAGAAAUCCGGGAUGCGACACCCACUAGAGCACGUGGCCGACAGCCCAAGACGGUCGACGAAAAGAAGUCUGUCUCAUCUCGACGAUUGAACAACAGAGGCGCCAUGGCGGAUCACAUUGACGAGGCUGCCUUUGAGAACUUUGACUAUCGCUUGCCUGGCCUCGAGGAGUACACGACUGAACGCUGCAAGGAGCUUGAGGAAAACUACUGGAAGACAAUCAAUUACGGCCAACCGAUGUAUGGUGCGGAUAUGCCAGGAUCCCUUUUUGACGACAGUAUUACCUCUUGGAACGUAGCGAAAUUGCCCAAUCUUCUCGAUGUGCUUGGAACCAAGGUCCCUGGUGUCAACACCGCAUACCUGUAUCUGGGUAUGUGGAAAGCCACGUUCGCCUGGCACCUGGAAGACGUGGACCUCUACAGCAUCAACUACAUUCAUUUUGGUGCCCCCAAGCAAUGGUACAGCAUAUCGCAAGAAGAUGCUCGUCGCUUCGAAGCUGCAAUGCAGACCAUAUGGCCGAAUGACGCAAAGCAUUGCUCGCAAUUCCUACGCCACAAAACGUAUCUCAUUUCUCCUCAGCGACUGGAGCGAGACUUUAAUAUCAAGGUCAAUCGGCUUGUUCAUUACGAAGGUGAAUUCGUCAUCACAUACCCGUACGGCUACCAUUCCGGUUACAACAUCGGCUACAACUGCGCUGAGUCGGUCAACUUUGCAAACGAAUCGUGGCUGAGCUACGGUCGGAUCGCGAAGAAGUGUCUUUGCGAGUCUGACAGUGUCUGGGUGGACGUCAACGAGAUCGAGCGCAAGCUGAGAGGCGAGCCAACACCAGAGUACUACGAAGAGACUGACGAUGAAGAGGACGAGAACGAAGGUGCGGAUCGCCUGCUCAGUCCGCCACCUAGCGUUGCUGGAAAACCCAAAUCUAAAGCAGGGCGCAAAUCAUCUGGCAAUAAGAGGAAGCGUGGCAAGGAGGAUUCCAAAGACACACCUCGAUCAAAGAAGCUCAAACGCAUCCGCAUUCGCAUCAGGAUUCCUGGCCGUGGCAUGCCUUGUAUUCUGUGUCCCAAUGAUGUCGAGUACGAUGAUCUGCUGCAAACCGACAAUGGCAUGCUGGCUCACCGCAUCUGUGCUGACUACACGCCCGAGACAUAUAUCGUCAACAAGAACGGUGUUGAGACUGUGUGCAAUGUGGCCAACAUUGGCAAGGACCGACUUGAGCUGAAAUGCAACUACUGUCGGUCAAAGCGCGGUGCAGUCUUCCAGUGUUCUCAGAAGAAGUGCACCAGAGCUUUCCACGCCACUUGUGCUGUAGCGGCUGGAGUACAAGUCGACCUCGGACCCAUGCCUACGUUCGACGAAGAGGGUACAGAAUACUUUUACGAUGGCUACGACUUCCGAUGCCGUUUCCAUCGACCAAAGAAGAGGAACAACAAGACAGUCGAUGUCGAUGCAUUGGAAAAGGAUAAAUAUGUCAUGGCAUACGGCAAGACGCUAAAGCCCAGAGACGUGAUUCAGUUUCAGUAUGUGGGAGGUGAGAUGUACCAAAUCUAUGGUGCACAAGUGGUGGAAAAUAGACCUGGCGAGCAGGCUGUCCUGGUAGACGUGCUGCCUGAUGGUGACCGUGUCGAGGUUGAGUGGAAGUACAUCUUGAAGCUCCAUCCAGACGAAUCUCAGAGAUUGAAGCCAUCUGCAAACGCUAAGCCGCUUCCAGAACAUCUCAAGGAAACCGACGCUUCUCUCGACAUUGCAAACCGUACCGAUGGCGUGCCUGAGAUGGGUGAUCCUUUCCACGAUCCCAGCUCUGAGCAGAAGUGGGCUGAGUGGUACACUGCCCCUGAAGUUACGCAAAAGGUGGCCAAGGUCGAUCUUGGCAAGGAAAAUCAGCUGUGGUACUAUCUUGGAAAGCCCUCAACCGAGGCCAGGCCACAGUAUACUGAGGACCCUAAGAAGCCGAGGAACAACCCGAAGAGCAACUUCCUCGAUACUGUCAAACCUUCCCCUCCUCCAGUGCCAGCAUUCCAUCGUGCGUCAUACCCAGCCUCUUAUCCACUCAAACCAGCCCCCAUUGCGGUACCUCCACGGACACCUGUACAGCACCAUAUGCAGGAUGGCCGACCAUACAGCUACAAGCCAAAGGAUCCGGUCAUGGCUUCGUUCAGGUCGCCAGUCUAUAACCCAGACACCCGCAAGAACCCCAAUUCACCUGUUGCACAUCAACCAAACGUGAGUUAUGACCAUCGUGUGCCACCGGGGCAGUAUGGCCAACAGUCAAACCAGGGAUAUCACUCGCACCGACCGCUGCAUCCUUCUCAGCAACACAUGCAGUAUCAUCCAUAUGUUCCUCCGCAAAGCUACUCGACUGCUUCCUGGAAACCAUCGGCGUCUGGACCGAUGCUCAGCGGCAUCGAAAAAUAUGCGCAACCUUCGCCACAUGCUAACCCCUUGCCGCCAUAUCCUUAUGCUCAGAACGGCCGUCAGCCGCCUCCGUACGUGCAAGGUCAAGCACACAGUACGGUGCCAGUUUAUGGUCCACCUGGCCGUCAGGGUCAAGCACCAUCAAAUGGUCGCUUGUCCAUUUCAAGCAUUCCGAGCAACCCUUCUGGGCCUCCCAAACCUCCAAUGUACGCCGUCACACCCUCCUCUAACAUCAUCUACGCUGCCCAAUCCCCUACUGAAUACUUGUCCCAUAUUAUAAAUUACCCCUACCUCAGAAACUGUUAUCUACGGAGGACAAAAACUUACAUAUCACCCUAUAGUCUGGAUGGUGGAAUUGCACCCGAGUGGACACCAAAGCCCCCUGCACCUAGAACGAGUGGCACCCCUACUACGAUUGCGCCCAAGCCCAUUGCACCGGCUGGAUCUGCCCCUCCCCAGGGAUACUAUGGAACAUUACCCACGGGCUCACCUGCGCCAAGGCCAUCAGCACAGUUUCAGUCCUCUGAUGCUUUUCAACGUGAAAUGGCACGGACAACACAGACGGCCGAAGCGCCCAAGUGGGAACAAAUGCUUAAGCAGCUGGCCACAACUGGCUCACCCAAGACAUCCUCGACAACUGCCUCUUCACCACAGGAAUCAAAGCCUGUGCAUCCACCCUCAGGUCCUCAACCAAGCCUUUCCCAAGAUGUGUCUAGGAGUGAGCAAGAGCCGGAGGACAUAAAGCCGCUUCUGCUACCAUCGCAAGAAGUGCAACGGCCAACACCCAGCCCUAUUAGCGAUGAUGAAAAGAGUCAAGUCAUAGCUGCACCUAAUGAGCUGAAGACAGAAACGCCGCCUUCACAGCCUGGAUCAAAUGUCCAUGGAGCGGAAACAUGGCGCUUUUCGUCUUGA